AUGAAGCUGCCUAGUGAUAAAAUCGAAACGGUAGAUGGUGAUGAGGAGGACGAUGAUGAGGAUGUAGAUGACGAGGAGGUGCAUGAUGAGUCUUCAGAAGGCGAAGGAGAUGCAUCAGAAGAAAUCGAAACUGUAGAUGGUGAUGAGGAGGACGAUGAUGAGGAUGUAGAUGACGAGGAGGUGCAUGAUGAGUCUUCAGAAGGCGAAGGAGACGCAUCAGAAGGUGAAGGUGAUGACGAUGAGGGAGAUUCUGGCGAGGAAGAAGAUGGAGAUGACGCCGAAGGCGGCGAGGAGAGUGAUUAA